AUGUUAUUCAAUAUAAAUUAAAUUAAAAUAAAAUAUAUAGGUUCUUUUAAUUAAUAUUAAUAAAAGUAAGGUAAAGGUACUAUGAUAUAUUUUAACGGAGAUAGAUAUGAAGGAGAUUGGUACUUAGAUAAAAGACAUGGAAAAGGAAAAUAAUAUUUUUUAAACGGUGAAUUAUAUAUAGGUAAUUGGAAAUAAGGAAAAUAAGAAGGCAUAGGUUAAUAUUUUUACGCUAAUAAUGAGAGAUAUGUAGGUAUGUGGAAAGAUAAUAAUAGAAACGGAGAUGGUAUUAUGUGGUAUAAAGAUUAAAGUAAAUAUAAAGAAUAACAAAAAGAUAAAAAAAAAGAAACUAUAUUAAAUACUGAAAAAAUAUAAAUUCAUUAGAGGAAAUAUAUUAACUUAAAAACAUUGAUUUUUAAUUUUUGGAAUAAAUAGAAUAUCAUAAUUUAUUUUCAAAUUUACGAAAAAACAGUAUAAUAUAUUUAUAUAUAUAUAUAUAUAUAUAUAUAUAUAUAUAUAUAUAUAAAUUAAUAUAUUUUUUAAGUAAAUGAUUGGUAAACAUAAGAUAUAUUAGAAUGGCUUGAAAAAAUAGAUUUAUCUCAAUAUAAGUAAGAAUUUUUGAAAUAAUAAAUAUGUGGGAAAAGUAUCUUUCUACUUUCCGACAAAGACCUAAUUGAACAAUUCGGUAUGUCAGCUUUAGGAAAGCGUAAAAUUUUUCAUAAAUAACUAAAUAUAUUGAAGAAAUAUAAGGCAAGUAAAAUCUUAAAAAACUUUAAUUUUGUAUAAUUAGUAAAACAAAUUUAAUAAAACAAUCAAAAAUAAGCUAUAAACUACAAAAGUAUAAUCGAAGAGGAAGAAAAUAUAGACUAAGAUGAUUAAAAAUAAGAAAUAUUUUUAAAAAAAGGCCUAUAUUAAUCUUAAAAUAAUAAUACUAUAUUAUAUAAUCUUUCUUAGAAAUCUAAUAUAUAAGAAUUUUAGAGAAAAAAAGAUAAUAAUUAUAUUAAUAUAUUAGAUAAUAAAUAGAACAAUUUUUCAGAAAUUUUAAAUAAUGCAGCUGAUGAUGAAUAUGAGGAAAUAUAAAAAAACUCAUAUAUAAAUAACAAAAAUGAAAAAACAUUAGAAAAUUCAGAAAUUGUAAAAAAAAAGUACUCUCGAAAGUUCUAAAAAAGGUAAGUCUUCAAAUGA